UGCCGGCUCGUGCUGGCGCUUCCGACGCGGCCGCUGCUGGCAGUGACGAAGCAGCAGCAGCAUUUAUCCGAGCCCAGGGGCAGCCACUGCGACGGCCUCAGCGAGCUUGCACCGAAUCUUGCUGCACAGAGACGAUGCCGGGCGAGAACGUGCAGAGAUGUGUCGCACGCUUGCUGCCGAGAGACGCAGCCGACGGAGGAGAAAGGAGCAGGAGACGCGCCUGCGUCUGCACCCCUCCCUACCCGGGGGCCUUGUCUCACAUCGCGCGCUCGGCUCCGAGGCGCUCCACAGCGCCGGGCCCACGUCCGAUGCGCCCGCGAAGACUCCGUGCCCCACUCUCUUACUCUACUGCAGGCGGAACUGCGGCUGGGGUGCCUCGUCCUUGCUGCGCAGCAUUCGCCUCUUCCCUGCGUCGCAAAUGCCCGUCCCAGGCGCAUCUGAUAGCAUCUCGGCGCAUGAGGGCGACCUGUCAGGAUGCCGCAGCGGCAGCGCGUCGCCUUCUGCCGAGAGGCGCGGGCUCCUGAGCGUCACGCUGCGACUUCGCGGCGUGCUGUUGCAGGUGCAGCAGAGUCUGGCCGGCGCCGUCGAUGGACGUAGAAUCACGAACAGCGGGCUCGCACGCACGUUGUCGGGAGAUCACCGACGUCCGUCGUUCAGCCCAGCGCUUCCACACGCCAAGGCGCACGGACGCAGCGCGACUUUCGAAUUCGCACCGCCGCACCUCGUCAUGAGCGAUGCUCGCCAGCGCCGACGGACCAUUGCCGGGCCUCCGUCGGCGCCAGUUCUUCCGAUGCGCUCGCUCUUGCUGCCAUCUGGGGCCAGCUUGCAAAGAGUGACGCUGGACGUCGCACGAGGAGAUGCGGAGCCGCGAGCCGUCCUAGCGCGGCGAGGCGCGGUGAAAAGGCCGAGUGCCCUGCCCUGGCAUCUCGCGGCCAUCUGUGCAGCCUUGGAGCUUUCUUCCGCACAUCUAUUCCCCUCAAAAUCCUGCUGCGAGCACAGUGUCGCUACUCUCGGUAUGCUUUGGGGCGAUGGUCUCAGCCUCAGGGUGGAAGGCUCGGUCUCGGAUCCGUGUCGCUGCAGCUGCCUGUUGCACCUCUUCAGCCGCCUCGCUGUACUCACCUAAACUCGCUCGACUCGAUUGCGCACCCUUUAUGCCGACGCUGCACGUCAGCAAGCUCGCUGCAGA